AUGGCAGCCAUCUUAAGAAAAUGUGGAAAACAGGAUGGUGGCGAAAUGGGAUGGCGUAAUGAAACAUCUCCUCCAUCCCCUCUAGGAGGCGCUGUCUUGGAGCACUUUGGCCACAGGCUCAGUCCACCACGGGGUGCUAAGAAGCAACCCUUGGGGGAAUUUCUCAUCAUCAUCAUGGCAAACAUGUCAGCAGUCCAGCAGUUCAUUCUUGUGGGAUUUCCGGGAUUUCAGGACCGUGAGAGCAAACUUGUUUUCUCCAUAUUUUUCCUGGUCGCCUAUCUGCUAAUUUGCCUGGGGAACCUCACCAUCAUAGCCACGUUCACUCUGGACGAAAACCUGCACAAGCCCAUGUAUGUGCUCAUUUGCAAUCUGGCGAUUUUGGACAUCACCUUUUCUUCAGUCACAGUCCCCAAAUUGCUGGCUGUUUUCAUGUUUGACUUCAACAUGAUCCCUUAUGCAGCUUGUUUCAUGCAGUUGUUUUUUUACCUUGCUUUAGGAACUUCUGAGUCCUUUCUCUUGAUGCUGAUGGCAUAUGACAGGUUUGUGGCUAUCUGUAACCCCCUUCUUUAUCCAACCAUUAUGACUAACAAGGUCAUCCUGAAGCAGAUCACUUUGUGUUGGGUCGGUGGGCUUCUUACUCCUGUACUUCCACUCAUUCUGGCUUUCAGACUGCCUUUCUGUGGACCUAACAAGGUUGUGCACUGCUUUUGUGAUCAUUCCUCUGUGCUCAGGUUGGCCUGUGCUGACAUUUUAAUUAAUAGCUACGUAGCUCUGACCAUCGCAUUGUCUGUUCUGCUUAUCCCCUUGGCCUACAUUGUGUUUUCAUAUACAAGAAUCAUUGCUUCAGUGGUCAAAAUCGCCACUUCUGAAGGACGCCUUAAAGCGUUUUCUACUUGUGGGACCCAUCUAUUAGUGAUUUGCAUUUUUAUUCUCACUGCGGCUGGUGUUUACAUCUCAUACCGAAUUCCAGGUACCUCCGAAGACAUCCGCAUAAUGGCAGCGGUGCUACAGAAUGUGAUUCCACCUCUAAUAAACCCAAUUAUCUACUGUCUGAGGACUAAAGAGAUCAGAGACAGCUUUGUAAAAACUGUAAAAAGGGGUAAACUGUUAUCACACUAG